AUGAUAUGCCCCAGCUUUAACCUGCUGCUGCUGCUGCCACCGCUGCUAGCGCUCAAUAGCUUCACCUCCUCUCGAGCUUCCAACACUCUCCCACGUGGCCUCAGCCAGAGGGCUGCUUGGAUCUGCUGCCCUCUUGAAGGCCUUCUCGGUGCUACUUCCGACCCUACACGCCAGCAAAAGCCUCCCCGAAGUGCCGCAGAAGGGACGACAGCAGCAGUACCAACAGCACUGUUUACACGGCAGAGAACUCGUCACAAUGGACAGCCCAGACUAUAUGAGCCCCUUGCUGCUGCUUCAAGCAACACUGGCCUACCUAGAGACAGUAGCUUCGACAGCAGCAGGAGCAACAUAGGCACGACAGACAAGGGGGUGUCCGCUGCAGCAAGUGCACGAGCCGCGCUGCAAACGCAUCAAAUAUUCCCGUUUACAGAGAUGGAGAGUACGCUGCUGCAGUGGUGGGAGUCCGAGAGUCUCUUCGAACCCAUGAAACUGACAGAGGAAACAACACCAGAAAAGGCACAAGCAGCAGAGCCACGAAGAGCAGCAACAGAGAAGUGCGCGGAGGGCGUAAAGGUUUUUUGCAUGGCCCCCCCCAACUUAACUGGAUCGUUGCAUGCGGGGCACUUCAUGAGCUUGACUAUUGAAGACGUUCUGUUCCGUUUUCAACGACAGAGGGAAGCGAGCGCGCACCCACCGCCGGAGCAGCAGCAGAAGCAGCAGAAGCAGCCGCAGCAGCGAGAGAGUGAAGAGAGGCAGCAGAAAAAAGGAGAGAAACCGUGGGAUGCGACGCCACAUGAGUGGAUAAGGAAGCAGCAGCAGAAGCAGCAGUCGGAGCAGCAAGUGCUGCGGUCAUUCUGGGUCCCCGGAGUGGACCACGCAGGGAUGGGGCUGCAGCUUCUGCUUGAAAGGCACAUAAGCAAAAGAAUAAAAAAAGGCCUUUAUGUCCCGCGCUGCUGCACCCGCUGUCUCCGCUCCAUCGUCAGCAAGGCGUUCCUUGAGGGGCGGGGGUUGCAGCUGCAUGGGCAGCAGUUGCGCAUGAGGGAGCCGCAGCAAACGCGGGAAGUAUCUUUAGAAGGACUUGGCAGUAACAGUUUGAUGCAGGAAUGCCGCGGCAGCAGCAGCAAUGACUCCGGCAGAUGCAGCUGCAGCACCCUUGAGUGCGAGCAGCAUCUGGGUUUGCUGCAGCGUUGGCUGCGCAUUUGUUGGACGCGCAUCCAGCAGCAGCAGCGCAGCCUUGGCCUGGGCUGCUGGUGGGCGAGUGCGUGCUGCACUGUUUCUGCUGCUGCAGUCUCGCUGACUCGCCAAGCCUUUGUCUUGCUGCAGGAGAGGGGCCUCCUGAGGAGGCAGCUGCACCCUCUGCAGGCCCUCAGGGGAAAAGAAGAACACAGAAACUUCACAGUCGUUGUUCCCAACGAGCUCCUAGAAGUAAAGGAAACCCAUCCCACUGACCAGCAGCAGCGGCAGCAGCAACAGCAGAAAAGCGGAGGAGGUGAAGAGUGUGAAGAAGAGCUGCUAACUUCUUUGCUGCAGGCUGCCAAGUGGGAUGGAGGGUUGUUUGUGGAGUUGCCUAUCAGGAAUGGCUCGCCAGCCACCAACAGCAGCCAUAGCAGCGGUGGCAACGGCAGCGACAACGACGCCUGCAUUGUCACUAGGAGCAGCUGCAGCAAAGCUAGCAGUAGUCGCAGCAACAGUCCCAGGAGCGGCAGCAGCAACAGCGAAGGCUGCGAUGGUACAGAAGAGCUGCAGCGUCUUCUGGUUCCCGUGGGAUCUCUGCAAGACUUUCUUCAAGUGUGUGCUGUGGUAACAGACGACUCAUCUAUUUACCACCAGCUCAAAGGAAAACAGGCCUCUGUGCCGCUGCUGCAGCAAAGCGUACCUGUGUUGCUGCAGGAAAGAGGAGAUAGAAAACAUCCGCAUGUGGCAGCAGCCAGUCAACACAUAUCACGCUGCGCGUGCAGUAGCUGCACCAAGAGCAACGUCAGUAGGAGCACCAAGUGCCACAGUACAAACUGCUGCAGCAGCAGCAGCCGGCUCAAUAACGACAGGAGAGGCCUGCUUCCUGCGUUUGCUGCUCUUCAGUGGGAAGCCGUCCCAGGAAGAGCACAGCUGGCUACAUGCGUCGCAGCAGCUCUUCGCCAUGCUGUGGGGACGAGCCUACAGAAGCAGCAACAGCAGCAAGCUGCAAGAGAGAAAGCGCUGCUAGCUGUCUUAUUGCUGACAGGGGGCGCGCAGGUACACCUAGGCAGGCAACAGCCGGGUGAAUUGGUUUCCACUUUGAAUGGGCAAGCGACAGUCACUAGGGCAAAGCCCCAGUGGUUCUUUGCUGCUGAUCGCGUGGCUCCACGUGUUGUUCAACUCCUUUGCCCACCUCAGAACGGAACCUUGCAACCGCACGAGCAGCAGCUGCAGCAGGACGCACGCUUCACGAGCUCAACAUGGUUACAAGGUCCUGGCACUGCCUUGCCCUUACCUCUUCCUCUAACCAGUGCGCCCAACACAGAAAUCGAAAGCAGCAGCAGCAGGAGCGCCAGCAGCACGAACAACGGGAGCAGUAGCGCAACAUACACGGACGUAAAUGGGCUUGACGUAAUCCCAGCACGGUAUUUGCCGGAGCUGCUGCAGCAGCUGCAGUCAGACCGCACUUGGUGUAUCAGCAGACAAGGUUGGUGGGGGGUUCCUGUCCCAGCGUACCUUGUUCGCCUCAAGAGCCAGCAGCAGCACCAGCACCUGCAGCAACAGCAGAAACAGGAAGUGCCUCUCUGUCAGCGAAUUGUUGCAGCUGCAAGGGUCCUCGACCGCUGCCAUUCGCAGGCAGCUCUGGGGAUUUUAAAGGGCAAACAUGGCUCUUCGUGCAGCCAAAUAAGAGCGAAACUCUUCGAAGCAUACUCAACUGCACUUCACGAACUGCAGCAAAGGCAGCAGCAGGAACAGCUGCAGCAAGAGUCGGGACUGCAAAGAACAGAGGGACUUGAUGCAGCAUCUGCUUCUCGUGCAUCUUUGCCUCAGCUGGGACCCUGUUGCUGCUCACAAAAAGCAGGUCCACGAGCAGCAGGGGACGCAUCGACAGGGAAGGAGUUCGCGGUGGCCGCACUCGACGAAGCCAGUGCGAGGCGCAAGGCUGUCGCUUUUAUUCGGCAGCAACAGCGGCAGCAGCAAAAGCAGCACACGCAGCAGCACGUGCAGCAGGCGACAGAAUUCGAAAUCCUGGAGGACACAGACGUCCUGGACACGUGGUUCUCCUCCGGUUUAUGGCCGCUCACAUCCCUCGUCCAGGCGGAGGAGACAUUUUUCAAACGCUAUGGGGCAGCUACCUCCCGAAAACAGACUCAAGAGCAGCAGCAGCAGCCGCUAAAGCAGCAGCAGCGAGAGUAUCCAAAAGUCCAGGAAAGCGGGCGCGCCUCCCAUGUGGACAGCGCAUUGUUUGAUUAUCAAGAGCCACAGCAGCGACUCCAGGAGGGUCUUGAGAACUCUUCUAGUUUUUUGUUCCCACGCCUUUACCCUUAUUCAUGUUUGGUGACUGGGCACGACAUUCUUCCCUUUUGGGUGGCUCGACAGCUGCUCCUGUGUGUAGCCUUGUGCGGCGUGCUGCCUUUGUCAAGAGUGGUGCUGCAUCCUCUCCUCACAGAUAUGCAGGGUCACAAACUUAGCAAGUCUAAAGGGAACGCUCCCAAGACGCAAAUGGACCAGUGGAUCACUCAAUAUGGGGCCGACGCCCUCAGAAUGUCUUUAUUGGCUUGCUCUGGGGCCCGUCGACUGUCUUCGAUUGACGCAUGUAAAGUGCAGCGAGCAUCAAGGGGCCUCACCAAGAUAUGGAAUGGCGCCAGGUUGCUACAGCUGUUAAGGGGAAGACUGCAAGCUUGCGAGAGCUGCGCGACCGAAGCGUCGCACGGGCUGGGGUGUACCUCCACUUACUCAGCUCGACUUUCUCUGUCGCAGCGGUCUGCUCUCAGCAGCACUAGCCGGAUGUGCGAUGACGUUUACUCACAUCUCCAAGGAGGGCACGUCGCUGCUGCUGCUGCGCGGUUUUGGGAGUUCUGGGAGGACUUGUCAGACUGGAUUCUGCCUGCUGCUCAGACGGAAAUGAAACUGGCUGACACGCUGUGUAAAUCUUACCACGGCAGCUCAGAGCAACAGCAGCGGCAACGUAUCCAGCAACAGCACCCACAAGAGGAAGAAGACAGAUUGCGGGCGCGAGGGCGCCUGUGGCCAGCAGUGCUGGGGUGUAUAUAUCACGACACUGUGCGGGCACUGCAUCCAUUUGCUCCGUUCAUUUCUGAAGCGAUCUACUUGGCGCUGUUUAGCAUUGCCCCCAAAUCUGAAGCUGGCGGCAGAGGCAGCGGCAAGAACAGCGGCUACCACAAUAAUGGACAGAGCACUGCUCCGGCAAACGCCUUUCAGCCACUGUUGUGCAGCGCCUGGCCGGCGGCAGGAGCUUACAGGGAUCCACAGGCAGAGACCGCCCUACAAGUGGUUCGCACUGUUGUUGCUUCCGUGAGACGGGCCAGGGCCAUGCAAGAGGCCACCAAAAGGCCUCAGAAGCAGCAACAAUCUGGGCAACAGCAGCCACAGCACGCAGGGGAUGCCAGCUGCGCUGCCGGCGCAAUACCAAACAAAGAUGCCGGUGAGACGGGGGGCAGAGGGGGCUGCUCUGUCUCGGUGCGCUGCACUGAUGAAACAAUGCUGACAUCCUUGAAGGAAGCCGUGCCGUUAAUGGCCGGUCUUUGUGACCUUCCCUCCAGAAGUUUCUCCAUCUCAGUCCUCGAGCACCAGCAGCUACAUCAGGACCAGCAGCUGGAAAAAAAAGAAGAUGAUCUAAUGCCACUUCGGCAACGUUCUUUCCUCUCCCGAGUCGUGAUGCUGCCUGGAAGCAAAAGCAACUCUCGCGGGGACGGUGCUCUGCAGUUAGAGAUCGCUGCCUCCUUUGAGGAAAGCGGUGGCAGCGGUCGUGUACCAAGUGAGCGCAGGACACACAAGGCUGCAGAAGGCAACUGCCGCCAUCGGCUGUCGCUGCAGCGGAAGCUGCAGGACCUGCAACGACGCGUCACAGCACCUGAGUAA